GCAGCUGGUGCACGUUGACUGACAGCCCCGCCCCCUUGGACGAAGCCGUGCGGCCUCGCUCGCCACGACGACUUUCCUGGAACGUCCUUUGUCAUGGAUGUUCUACGCCCACAGAUUGUAACGUUCGAUGGACGGAAUUAUAGAAAGAACCCAAUCCAGGAGAGACAGCACCAACAUGAAGAAGAUGAGGACUUCUAUCCAGACUCCAUGGAAUACUCAGAUGAGCCCUGCGGUGCCUACGAGGUGGCGCAGACCCCUCACGGAUUCCGGGCCACCGUCAGUGCCCCUAGCCUGCUCUACAAGCACAUAGUUGGAAAGAGAGGGGAUACCAAGAAAAGGAUAGAAGUGGAGACUAAAACAUCUAUUGACAUCCCGAAACAUGGGCGUGAAGGGGACAUCGUGAUCACUGGUCAACAUCGAAAUGGCGUGGUCUCAGCGCGAACUCGGAUCGACGUGCUCCUGGACACGUUCAGGAGGAGGCAGCCUUUCACUCACUUCCUUUCCUUCUUCCUCAAUGAAGUUGAGGUUCAGGAACGGUUUCUGCAGUUUCAGGAGGAGGUGCUGAAGAAGUGUUCCAAGGAUCGUGGGGUUGAUAGCACCAUUUUUCAGAAUCCCAAAAAGCUUCACCUAACUAUUGGGAUGUUGGUACUUCUGAGUGAUCAAGAGAUCCAGCAGACGUGUGAGAUCCUGCAGCGCUGUAAAGAGGAAUUCAUUAAUGACAUUUCUGGAGGCAAACCCCUGGAAGUCGAGAUGGCAGGGAUCGAAUACAUGAAUGACGAUCCUGCUAUGGUGGAUGUUCUUUAUGCCAAAGUCCAUAUGAAAGAUGGCUCCAACAGGCUGCAGGAGCUGGUUGAUCGAGUGCUGGAGCGCUUUCAGUCCCUGGGACUCAUCGUGAAAGAAUGGACCAGUGUGAAACUGCAUGCCACGGUCAUGAACACACUGCUCAGGAAAGACCCCAAUGCGGAAGGCAGGUACAAUCUCUACACAGCAGAUGGCAAGUACAUCUUCAAGGAGAGAGAGUCUUUUGAUGGCCGGAACAUUUUAAAGACAUUUGAGAACUUCUACUUUGGUUCCCUGAGGCUCAAUUCUAUUCACAUCUCCCAGAGGUUCACGGUGGACAGCUUUGGAAACUAUGCCUCCUGUGGACAUGUUGACUUCUCCUGACGUGGGAGAACAGCAGAGAUCCGUGACUGUCCGUGGAUGUCGGGAACCUGGCAGCAGCAGGCCCUUCAGCCUCCAGUUGACCGGCAGAGGAGGGCGCUCCAGCCUGUGCUCCUCUUUCCUGGCUCUCAUCCUCCCCCUCCUCCUUGGCUUCUGUCCUUCAUUCCUUACCCUCCACCCCUCCUUUCUGUGAGUCUGCUCCUAAGCUUUGUGGUGUGACUGACCACAGUGCUGCGGGGAGUUGCUUCUCUGUGAGAUGGCACAGACGGUCUACAAAUAAAUGAGCUUCCCAGGUGGCUGAGCUGUGGUCUGUGCACUGGUGACCAUGUGUUGGGGUGUGGCGCUUCCUGACUUAGCUGUUCUUUUACCAGUGCGUCAGAGUCUGCUUCCCCAAAAGGGCUCCGACUUGCUGCUGACGACCUCAGGGUAUCCCACAGACGUGGCUCUACUUUGACCCCACUGGCCUCCCCAGAGCUUCUCUCCCCACUGUUGGGUGGCCUUCUCCGUUAAUUUUUUGAGGUGUCGGGUAUUAAUGACUUACGCCUGUGGAAAUUGAGAGUUUCAUUUUGGAAAUUGCCGUGUGAUAUGUCAGGUUCUCGGUCUUAACAGAACUGUUAUCAGAUCUUGGGGUUUCUGUUCUCUCCACAUUCGAGCACAUACCUUGAGGUUAGGCUGGCAGUGUGUCAUUAGGCGGGUUCUCAGGCACAGGGGACAGGUU